CCGAGGAGAACCGAGCUCCCAUCGCCGCCGAGAGUCUAAUUCGUAAUCCUGGACCAAAUAAACGGACGCCUCGGAGGAUCGUGCCGGGAUCUUCUGGCAUGUGAUCAGAAGCAUGCAGCAGAAGCCACUGAGAGAGCUGGGUUUGUGUCUCAAUACCGGGGGAUCGUCAAGCAACGUCGUCGUUGCCGAAAUCUGCAACGAGACGCGCGGUGGGCUUCCCCUUCUUCAAAUAUGGCCCAGCGACUCGCCCAAAGCCGAGGCCGAUGGACAGGCCCCAGCUUUUGUGUUCCCAGACGUGCAGGAAAACGUCAACGACAGCGGCAUCGAAUCUAUUCAGGCAUCGCCAUCACCCUGCGGUGUCGCCUGCAACAGCCCGGCGAUGACGCCGCAGCAGUCGCGUCGCGCCAGUUUGCUACAUCCGGACCACGCUCGGCUGCAGCUGCCCUAUCUUCAUCACAAUCACCAUAACGCGGGAGGAUUGAAGAGUCCACCGUCGCCGGACAGGACGUCCGUGGACGAGGAUCACGAGGAUCGACCCGCGCCACCCAGUCCCUCCAGCUCGACCACCAGCAGUCUGCGAUCAAUGCCGAGCUCGGCGAUCGUGUCAAUGCACUCGCAGGACAGGAGACGCAGCAGCAGAUACAGCAUGUUCGACGCUCUGGAUCUGGAAUACGCCUUGUUGAGGGCCGCGGCCCGCGGAUCCGUAGGUCCGUACUCCCUAUCAGAGUCUCUCCACAAGCUGACCUUCACCCAGAGCUUGGCUUUUCCCGCUCUGGCCCGCGGCCUCGCCGCCAAGCAAAGCAUGCCAAGUGGAAGAUCGCAACAACCCACCGAGAGUGGACUGAACGCCUUCGCCAAGGUGGUGACCGCGAUGGUGCUGAUGCUGGUGAGCGUGCUGGUGUUCGGUGUCGUCUACAAGUUCGCCAAGACGUGAGGAUGGUUGCUGGCGCCUGGUCGUUAUCCCGGAUCGGUGCAGGAUAAUAAUCGUCUGGGUGUCAGCGACGCUUUUAGCGGUAACGUUUGAUGAAGCCUGAGGGGAGAUUUGAAUCGCGACUCGUAUGAGCGCGAGAGAAAAGGAUUAUGAAGGGUCGCAGGCUCUACAUGAGACGGUCCACGUUUGGGAUAAACGUUCGCCAAUUCUCCGAUGACGAGAUUGACGCGUGGACGGGAGACAAAUGGAACAGAUGAUACGACUGCGUGGCAGUCGAUAUCACCCUCACCCUAGACGCGACUAGUCUGGGUGUAAAAAGAUUUUAUACAACGUCUUACGUUUUCUUUAUAUAACCAGUGUGUGUAUUACAUAUGUCUAAUACGAGGUUUCAGCAAUGAAGACGACGCUGUGGAGGAACGCGAGAAUGGUAAUGAAAAUAGCGUCAUUGGGAAGAUAACGAGGGUCCAUUGGAUCAACAAAAAGUAUGUUAAUAAAAUGGUAUAUGUGGUGUACGUACGCUGAGAAAAAUCGUUUGAUUGUAUUAACAAGACGUAUAUGAUU